AUGGCUCGGCCAAGAAAGCUGCGAGAAUUCAUAGGCCGCCUCAAAGACAACGCUUCACUAAUCAAAGCAAACUUAACCACAAAACGCACCGUUUCUUCGAUAAAAAUCGCCAUCCUCCGCGCCACCAGCCACAGCUCCACCGCCGCCCCACCGGAGCACCAACUAGACGCCAUCCUCAGCCUCGGCCACGAUGUUAAUCUUCCCCUUGCAUGCGCAUGCGUUGAAGCUGUCCUAGACCGUCUUCACAACACUCGGAGCCCUUACGUGGCACUGAAAUCCCUCUUCAUCCUGCACAACAUCAUUACCCACGGUUCCUUCAUCCUCAAGGAACAGCUCUCUCUCUACCCUUUGACCGGCGGUCAAAAUUCUCUCAAGCUUACGAGGUUUAGUAACAAAAGCAACCUUGAAAAUUGGGAAUUGUCCCAAUGGGUCCGGUGGUACGCUAGUGUUUUGGAACGUAACUUGAUCACUGCCAGGAUUUUAGGUUGCUACCUCUGUUGCACCUCCUCAUCUUCAAAGUUUCAAGAAAAUGGAAAUAACAAGAUUGCUAUUCGACCACCAGACUGCGAUUUACUGAAAGAAAUUGAUUCUCUUGUGUGCAUGGUUGAAGGGAUUUGUGCUGCACCUGAGUCGUUACAUUACCAAAGAUUGGAUUUGGUGCACGAAUUCAUGUUAUUGGUGAGCGAGGACUAUCGUUUUACUCAGCAUCAAAUUAUGACGAGACUCAAUGAGUUAGGUGACCGGACGGCGAGGAUGAGCUACGAUGACUCGGCCGAGUUGAUAUGCUGUUUGAAGAGGCUGGAGGACUGCAGGAUGAGGUUAGUGGAAAUGUUUGCAAACAGGAAAAGAAACGAUGAAUUUUGGGAUUUGGUCAGACAAACCAGAGUGGGACUGGAGGAGCUGAAUGAGAAGCGAGAUAGAGGAAGAAUGGUGGUGUGGAAGGGAUGGAAAGAUGAAACAACUGAGCUAACUCGGUUUGUUGAUCAGCGAGUUAUGGGAACGAGUGAGGUAAUCAAGCUCUCGCCCUGUAGAAGUCAAUGGUUAACUGUUUCGGCCGCCGUAGCGUGA